CUUGUGGGCGGGGCGCGUCUGGAGUCUGCGCAGGCGCACUUCCGGGCAGGCAACAUGGCGGAUGCGGCACCUCCGCCGAGCAAGAGAAAGCGCGAACUGGCUGCUGCGGGGGCAGAGGCCUCGGGCACAGAAGACGAGACAGCCAAGGUAGCCGGCGUUGGGAAUGGCACCUCGGCCCCUGUCCACUUUCCUUUCUCCGGCUUUAGAGUGAAAAAAGUGCUGAAGGAGUCCGCGCGAGACAAGAUCCUCUUCCUACACGGCAAGGUGAAUGAGGCCUCUGGGGACGGAGAGGAUGCCAUUGUGAUCCUGGAGAAGACACCAUUUCAGGUGGAUCAGGUGGCCCAGCUCCUGAUGGGCAGCCCUGAGCUCCAGUUGCAGUUCUCCAAUGAUAUUUACAGCACCUACCACAUGUUUCCUCCCAGGCAGCUGAGUGACGUGAAGACCACCGUGGUGUACCCGGCCACAGAGAAGCACCUGCAGAAGUACCUGCGCCAGGACCUCCACCUGGUUCGAGAGACGGGGAGCGAUUACAAGAACGUCACCUUCCCUCACCUGGAGUCCCAAAGCCUCAGCAUCCAGUGGGUGUACAACAUUCUCGACAAGAAGGCGGAGGCCGACCGGAUUGUGUUUGAGAACCCAGAUCCCUCUGACGGUUUUGUCCUCAUCCCCGACCUCAAGUGGAACCAGCAGCAGCUCGAUGACCUGUACCUGAUCGCCAUCUGCCAUCGCCGGGGCAUCCGGUCGCUUCGGGACCUUACUGCAGAGCACCUGCCGCUGCUCAGGAACAUCCUCCGGGAGGGGCAGGAGGCCAUCCUGCGGCGCUACCAGGUGAAGGGGGACCGCCUCCGCGUGUACCUGCACUACCUGCCUUCCUACUACCACCUGCACGUGCACUUCACAGCCCUGGGCUUCGAGGCCCCUGGCUCCGGGGUGGAGCGGGCACAUCUGCUGGCAGACGUGAUCGAGCACCUGGAGCACGACCCCGAGUACUACCGGCAGCGCACCCUCACCUUUGCCCUCAGGGCGGAUGACCCUCUGCUGAAGCUCCUGCAGGAAGCCCAGAAAAGCUGAGUCUGCCCAGAGCUACCCGGAGGAGGACACAGAUGUAUGGGACUUGGGUGGAGGGGACUUUUUAGCACCAAAUCCAAUUUUUGUAAUGUGUUUUAUACUGGCUCAUUUCUUGUGUGUGAAUAAAGCAUUGGUCUCAUGUGG